AUGGAUGAGCUUGCUUGUGGAUCUUGUUGCUGCAGCAGGAACGUGAUGGGCAACUGUGAGCUCCCUUCAAUUCUUCUCAAAGUCAGCCUCCUUCUCUCCCAAGCUACUGGUUUGCUCAACAUCUUCCAGCCAAAUGGAUGCAGAAAACCAGAAAUGACUCGCACACAACCCAACGGUGAAUCCUCUAAUGUGCCUAGCUUGGUAAGAGAUUUGGAGACUAUCACAUCUGCUCUUCAACAACAGGGCGCUGCUUUAGUGCAACAGCACGAAACUGCUCUACAACAAUUAGAAGCGACUAGGCUAAGUUCUGAAGCCAGUCAAAGAGAACAUGUGGAAGCCUUAAGAACAAGUCCGGAUGAGGCUGAUUUAUGGAUAAGGAAUAUGGAAAAGAUUUUUGAUGCGAAAAAUUGUUCAUCAGAAACUAGGUUGGCAUAUUCCGAGUAUCAGCUGUUCGGAGAAGCAAUACACUGGUGGGACAACAUGAAGCUAGUAUUACAGGAAGGUAGUGAGAUUAUUACCUGGGAAGUUUCUAAGAAUAAAUUUUACGCUGAGUACUUUCCGGACAGUGUAAGACAUGCAAAAGAGGUGGAAUUCUUGCAGCUCGUGCAAGGUGACAAGUCGGUGGCUGAGUAUGCAGACAAAUUCAAACAGUUGGGACGUUUCUACACCCAACCAUCAAAUGAAGAAUGGAGGUGUAGAAAAUUUAAAAAUGGAUUGAGAGCAGACAUACAACUAGCCGUGAACCCUUUAGCUAUUAAAGAGUUUUCUGCUUUAGUUGAACAUGCCAAAGUUGCGCAAAGGUUAAGGAGGGAGAUGGAAGUUCAGUAG